AUGGUUCUAACUAGCUUAAAUAAAAAAAAUACAAAUCCAUCACCGCCAAUCGUCGUUAGAUUAUUUGAGGAUGGAUGGCAGUUUGUUAUAAAAUCAGAGUUGUUGAAAGCAAUCGAUCCGAAUUCGAAUUAUAUGGAAAGAGUUGAUUAUGGAUAUGAGACUAUUCAGAUGAAGGAGGUGUUUGAGAAAUAUAAGGAUCAUAUUGAUCGAAUUGAGUUCAUUUGCACGCCAAUCCGUCGUACGAAACACAAGGCAGUGCCGAUUCGAUUGGUGGAGAAUGAAGAGUUCUGUGUGCUCGCCGUGGAUGCUUUGUUCGAAUUACUCAGAGAAAUCAUUUUCGGAAUCAAGUUGUUCCAAUACGUUGAGGAAUGGCCGCUAUCGUUGUUUCGGCAAAUUCUUUCGGUUUUCGAUUCAAAUUUAAACAAUCAAUAUUUCAUCAAUCUUCGUGUUUUCAAUGAUCUCAAAAAAUCAAUAAACGCCGCCUAUUCAUCCCCGCCAUCUCCACCACCUAAAGAUGUUCGAAAUGCGAAAAAAGAUGGAUUCACUGUGCAAAAUCUCAAGAAUGAGUUGAAACAUUUGGGACUCGAAAAACAUUUUCCUGAAAUUUCGGAUCACGCAGAAAUCGCCUAUACACACGUGAUGGAGGUGAAAAUAGGACGAUAUCUGAGGACUUGUGAUCUGUAUGAUGCUGUGGAGAUUUGUCAGUUACGAUGUAUUUUUAAUCGAGUUCCAGAGCUGAGAAUCUUCCUCUACCACCAAAAAGGGGAUGUCACGGUUUCCUCGUGGCUGACGGACAUACCGAUUCCUGAGAGAAUUAAGCCGGUUUUGACACCGAAAACCGAGGAAAUGGAAACAAAAAUGCUGAAAGAUAGCGAACAAAUCGAUACCGAUCAGGAACAAAAAAUCAAAAUUGGCGAUAAUAUCGAUAGAAUCACUAGUGACGUGAAUAAAGAAUCUGAAUCGAAAGUAGAGAGCCUGAGACCAAAAUUGAUGAAAAAAGAGGAGGAAAUUGUGAAUUUCAAACGCGACGCUCUGAUUCAUGAGAAAACAGUGAAGGGAUUCAAGGAGUUGGAGGAGAGAAUUGUGGAUUUGGAAGCUCGAGAAAAAGAGUUGAUUGAGGAGAGACAGAGAGACGCUUUGGCUCAUGAGAAAACUGAACAGGCAUGGAAGAUAGACAUUGUGAGACAUGCAGAUAGAGAAAAGGAGUUGAUUGAAGAGAGAACGAGAAAUGAAUCGGUUCAUUCGAAAACUGUCCUCGAAAAUGAGCGUUUGAUGCGAGAGAAUGCUUCAUUCAGAAGCCAAUUGAAGCAUUCCAAUGAUAGAACCAAAUCGUAA